AUGACCCCUAUUAUGUGUGGUGCUCUCCGUGCGUUGAUAAAUCCAAUACGUCUUCACUUUCGGUCUUUAACGACCCUCCAGGGAAAUCCACAUAUUUUUGUUUUCCCAACUGAAAGAUCCCCGAAUGGGUACAUUCUCUCUCUUUUACCAACAGAUCCUACCAACCCCGAGCUUGCAAUCGGUGUAACUUCUAAACUGCCACCCACUACCGAUUCCUUUAAAGAAAACCCGGCAUUCCUAAAGACUCUUCAAUCUGUUAUUUCAGAACAUGCACAUGAAGACCCUGACAUAAUAUCGCAGGGGCGAGUCAUGGCUUUCACUUCUGGAGCAAAUAUCGACUCCGGAGGCAUGGUUUUCUCCGAAACAAGACAUAGUUUCCGGCGAGGUCCUGGUGCUACUGGUUUAAGGGAAAAUCCUCCCAGCGGCCCAAAUGUUAAAGAUAGUCCAAGUUCUGGUGGCAGGGGUGGUUGGAUACACAUUUCAGAUACCAGAAAUCCUCCGGAGUAUGGCAGGAUCGCUUGGCCAGAGGAUAUAUUUGGCAGUCUGGAAAUUGAUGCGAAUGGAAAUAUUGAAGGAAAUUACCAGCCCAGCGGAACCUACCGAAUCAUCACGCGGAAUGGAAUCCUCGGUCUAAGUACAUACCUCCGCGAGAAGCUCAUUCAACGUCUUCGUUCAGCGGAAAGCAAUUCAUAA